AAUAAAAAAAGCAAAAAUCAAGUGUAAGAAAGAGAAAAAAAAUAAGUAAAAGUAGAGAAAGCGGCAAGUCGGCACACCGUCAAUCGUGAAAACCCGGCACUCGACGGCGCAGCCGAGAAGAAACCAUUCUCUUCAGCUGCUACUAAUCAUAUGCUCUUCAAUCGGAGAAGAUAGUAGUUACAGAUUUUGGUUACGGAGCUCGCCGGCGACUUGAGAAAGAGAAAGCAACACUAAGUUGGAAGAUGUCAGACCUAGACAGGCAAAUUGAGCAGCUCAAGAGAUGCGAGCCGCUAAAGGAAUCUGAAGUUAAGGCUCUUUGUCUUAAGGCUAUGGAAAUCCUUGUUGAAGAAAGCAAUGUGCAGAGAGUCGACGCACCUGUCACUAUAUGUGGUGAUAUCCAUGGGCAAUUUUAUGACAUGAAAGAGCUAUUCAAAGUGGGAGGGGAUUGUCCCAAGACAAAUUACUUGUUUCUCGGAGAUUUUGUUGAUAGAGGAUUUUACUCCGUCGAGACAUUUCUUCUUCUACUAGCUCUUAAGGUGAGAUACCCAGAUCGGAUCACUCUUAUCAGAGGUAACCAUGAGAGCCGCCAGAUCACACAGGUAUAUGGAUUCUAUGAUGAGUGCCUACGGAAGUACGGUUCAGUAAAUGUUUGGAGAUAUUGCACAGAUAUAUUUGACUAUUUAAGCUUAUCUGCUCUUAUCGAGAAUAAGAUAUUCUCUGUUCAUGGUGGUCUCUCUCCAACAAUAUCUACAUUAGACCAGAUUCGAACUAUUGAUCGGAAGCAAGAAGUUCCUCACGAGGGUGCCAUGUGUGACCUACUAUGGUCAGAUCCAGAGGACAUUGUUGAUGGAUGGGGAUUGAGUCCUCGUGGUGCAGGUUUCCUUUUUGGUGGCAGUGUCGUUACUUCAUUUAACCAUACAAAUAACAUAGACUACAUAUGCCGUGCACAUCAGUUAGUAAUGGAAGGAUAUAAAUGGAUGUUCAAUAAUCAGAUAGUUACAGUCUGGUCUGCUCCGAACUACUGUUACAGAUGUGGAAAUGUUGCAGCAAUUCUUGAGCUAGACGAGAAUCUUAAUAAGCAGUUCCGUGUGUUUGAAGCCGCUCCUCAGGAAUCAAGAGGAGCACCUGCUAAAAAGCCUCCACCAGAUUACUUCCUGUAGUAGGACAUAAAGGAUUCAAUUUUUGCCAUCAAUAGACUCAUAUUGUCGACAAUAUGGUUGUGUAGAGCAGAUGCAGGAGAUGCUCUGACAUGAUUCAUUUUGGUAGAAAGGCUUCUUGGUUUACAGAAAGAAUCGUACCAUUGUUGGGGUUUCUAAGAUUCCUGAGGAUCUGAAUGCAUGUUGCCUGCCCUUUUGAAAUCCCAUUUUAUUUUUCCUUGUAAUGGCGGUGUGUGUAAUAGAAUGGGACAUUGAAGUGAAAGUUGCAAUUAUGAGGCAGCUUCACUCUCCUGUAAAGGAGUUGUGUACGACUCAAGCCGAGGAUCCUAUUUUGAGCAUCUUGUUACAUCUGCAUUUUGGUAAAUCAGUAAAUGUUUCUUGGUCCCAUGUUUUGCAUUAAAUGCAAUUCAGGCUGUGUUGCAUAAAAAACGUGCACAUUUUGUAUGGUUAAUGUUGUUCAAUUUGGUGUGAACUGUUAGUA